AAAGCCAAGCAAGUGCGCAGGCGUCGAUCUCCCGGAAGUUAUCGCUGCACUGCCAGAAAGAGGCAAGGAACCCGGAAGUAAACAUUGUCGGGUCGCUUCGUUUCUGGCGGAUGGUUUUGAGUGGUCUGUGGCGGGACUGGUCGUUAGAGGGUUGAAAGUGUGAAAGAAGGGAUGAAGAAGGUGGAAGAGAAGAAGAGCCCACAAAGAAGCUAAAUCCAGCCACAGACCUGCCCAUACAGUCCAUGGCAUAUGCAGUCCUACCCAGCCCUUCUACACACCUGCACACAAAACAAAUAGAUAAAAUGUAAAGACGCCCUCCUCUAUAGGCACGUUGAAAGAAUAAAAACAGGAGACUGGAGAGUGCUGUUUAGUGCAACAAGGACCCAGUUUUGAUUGAAACACCACAAAAAGUCUGAAAAAGGAAGCCAGUUCAUCAUGUCGGCGGCAGCUGUGGACCCAGUUAGUGCCACACCCAUGACGGGCUCAAAGGAAAUGAAUUUGGAGGAGCCGAAAAAGAUGACCAGAGAGGACUGGAGGAAAAAGAAGGAGCUAGAAGAACAGAGAAAACUGGGCAAUGCCCCUGCAGAAGUUGAUGAAGAGGGAAAAGAUAUCAACCCUCAUAUUCCUCAGUAUAUUUCUUCAGUUCCAUGGUAUAUCGAUCCAUCCAAGAGACCCACUUUAAAGCAUCAGAGACCACAGCCAGAGAAACAGAAGCAAUUCAGUUCAUCUGGGGAAUGGUACAAGAGAGGUGUAAAGGAGAACUCUAUAACUACCAAGUACCGCAAAGGUGCAUGCGAGAACUGCGGAGCCAUGACACACAAGAGGAAAGAUUGUUUUGAGAGGCCAAGGCGGGUUGGAGCUAAAUUCACAGGUACUAACAUCGCCCCAGACGAGCACAUCCAGCCUCAGCUGAUGUUCGACUAUGAUGGGAAAAGAGACCGGUGGAAUGGCUACAAUCCAGAAGAGCACAUGAAAAUUGUUGAGGAAUAUGCCAAAGUUGACCUGGCAAAACGAACAUUGAAAGCACAGAAACUGCAAGAAGAGUUAGCCUCUGGAAAAUUAGUGGAGCAAGCUAAUUCUCCAAAACACCAGUGGGGAGAAGAGGAACCCAAUUCUCAGAUGGAAAAGGAUCAUAACAGUGAGGAUGAGGACGAAGACAAAUACGCGGAUGACAUUGACAUGCCGGGGCAGAACUUCGACUCCAAGAGGCGCAUCACUGUUCGGAAUCUCCGGAUUCGGGAAGAUAUUGCAAAAUAUUUGAGAAAUUUAGAUCCAAAUUCUGCCUAUUAUGAUCCAAAAACUAGAGCGAUGAGAGAGAACCCUUACGCCAAUGCAGGGAAGAAUCCAGACGAAGUGAGCUACGCUGGAGAUAACUUUGUUCGAUACACAGGCGACACCAUUUCAAUGGCUCAAACACAACUGUUUGCGUGGGAAGCCUACGACAAGGGGUCUGAAGUGCAUCUCCAGGCAGAUCCUACCAAACUCGAGCUGCUGUAUAAGUCCUUCAAAGUCAAAAAAGAAGACUUCAAAGAGCAGCAGAAGGAAAGCAUCCUGGAAAAGUAUGGCGGCCAAGAACACCUGGAUGCCCCUCCGGCUGAGCUGCUCUUAGCGCAGACAGAAGACUAUGUGGAGUACUCCAGGCAUGGGACUGUCAUUAAAGGCCAGGAGCGGGCUGUGGCCUGUUCCAAGUACGAGGAAGACGUGAAGAUCAAUAACCACACGCAUAUCUGGGGAUCUUACUGGAAAGAAGGCCGCUGGGGAUACAAAUGCUGCCACUCUUUUUUUAAGUAUUCCUAUUGUACUGGAGAAGCUGGGAAGGAGAGUGUUAAUUCAGAGGAAUGUAUUAUAAAUGAUGCGACUGGAGAAGAGCCUGUGAAGAAACCGCAGACCCUCAUGGAGCUGCACCAGGAGAAACUAAAAGAGGAGAAGAAGAAGAAAAAGAAGAAGAAGAAACACCGAAAGAGCAGUUCUGACAGUGACGACGACGAGGAAAGGAAGCAGGAGAAACUGAAAAAGGCGUUGAAUGCAGAGGAGGCUCGCCUUCUUCACGUGAAGGAGAUCAUGCAGGUUGAUGAGCGGAAGCGGCCCUACAACAGCAUAUAUGAAACCCGAGAGCCCACAGAGGAGGAAAUGGAGGCCUACAGGAUGAAACGGCAGAGGCCAGAUGACCCCAUGGCCUCUUUCCUAGGACAGUAACUAGUCAGGGUCAGACACAUACACAGUGUUCUUUUCAGCUCCUCUCGGCCUGUAGAUAGAAAGUCUUCAUCUGUCCUGCUGUCUGACAUUAAUAAAGUUUUCUGAAGUCUCCAAGUCAGUCUCAACAGUCAAACAAAGCAAGCAAGAAAGACCAUACAGUUAUGAUUAGGGUUAAAAUCAUCCUUCCUAAUCAACGAUUUGGAAGGAGAGUUUGGAUCUCUUCCUCUCUAGUGUCUGGCAUGAUGACUCAUGCUUGUAAUGCCAGCACCUGAGAGUGGUAGAGCAGGGGAACCAAGAGUUCAAGGUCAGCCGAGGGUGGUGCACACCUGUAAUCCUAGCACUCAGCACACUGAGGCAGGAGACUCCCAGCAUUAACUACAUAGCAAGGUUGGAACCAGCCUGCAGUGCAUGAGGCUGUCCUAAGCUACAUAGCAAAAUGAUCGGAAGGGAGGGAGGGAGGAAGGAAGGAAGGAAGGAAGGAAGGAAGGAAGGAAGGAAGGAAGGAAGGAAAGGAAGGGAGGAAAGGAAGGGAAAAACCAAGCCAUCUGUUCCUAGUGAGGCUCCGGCUGUGUGCUGUCAGGUCUCUGGUCUCUUGGGUAUAGCCCCACCCAUGUAGGGCCUCUCAGAGGCAGAGCUCCAGUUCUUAAAACCAGCAGUUCCAAUCGUGACAUCAUUAGUAAUUUAACUCCAUAAUUGCAGUUACAGCAUUUGGUUUUGCCGUCUAAGAAUGUCUUGGUUUUAAACAACAACAAAUAUCCUACCCUCAUCUGCAUCACCAGAGCAAAAGCUACAGGGCAUGUAAAUAUCUGUGUCCCCUUAAUUCUAAUAAUAAAUCUAUUUUUCAUUUGGUUGUUAAA